CGCCGCUACUCCAGUUCCACUCCACCUCACGAGUCUCACACACCUCCCCCCUCCUUUUUAGGGAGAGAAAGCAACGAAACGCCGAGAGAGGCGUGCGAGCGGGAGCAAGGAGAUGGAGCGGGCGGCGCCGGUGAGGAGCUCCCACACCUCCACGGCCGACCUACUCGCGUGGCCGCAGCCCCAGGGCCCCGCCCCAGCAACGCCGUCGCCGCCGCGCCGGCCCGGUCAGCCGUCGGAGGCUAUCAGGAAGGUGGUGUUCGGGGGUCAGGUCACCGAGGAGGAGGCCGACAGCCUCACCAAGAGGAAGCCGUGCUCCGCGCCCAAGUGGAAGGAGAUGACUGGGAGCGGCAUUUUCGCUGCCGGGAGCAAUGGAGACGCUGGGGAGGCAGCUGCUGCCGCGAAGCCCGCCCGAACCUCCUCGCGCCAGGCGAGCAGUACUGUAAGCCACAUCUCGUUCGCUGAGGAUGGAACCGAUCCUCCCAAAAAGCCCACAUCAGUAGCUGAGGUGGCAAAGCAGCGUGAGCUUAGUGGCACUCUUCAAAGCGAGACGGAUAGUAAGACGAAGAAGCAGAUCUCAAAUGCAAAGUCCAAGGAGCUCAGCGGCCACGACAUCUUUGCUGAUACUCUGGAUUCCAGGUCUAACAGGGCAAGGAACCCAUCGAACGGCAGCACAGCCUCACACGCACCUGCCAAAAAUACAAACGCCAGCACCUUCUCGUUUGGAGAUGCCAACACUGACAGCACGCCAAAGACGGCAAGGAAGAUAACCGGCAAGAAGGUCAACGACCUCACCGGCAACGACAUCUUCAAGGGGGACGUGCCGCCAGCUUCUGCAGAGAAGCAUCUGAGCACCGCGAAGCUGAAGGAGAUCACUGGAAGCAACAUUUUUGCAGAUGGGAAGGAACCAAUCCGCGAGCGUGUGGGCGGAAACCGCAAGCCUCCUGGCGGUGAGAGCAGCAUCGCGCUGAUUUAGCAUAAUCCGGGACUCAGUGUCGACCCCUAGAGGAGGAUUUCCACCAGCACCAGGCAGCAGGCUGUUGGAUCGUCAGUUUGGUGUCUUGUUCCUGAUCAAGGUGCGGCAGUGAAGAGCCCCGUUUUAGUCUUGAUGAUGUUUAUUAACUGUUGGUGUGUGCAUGUUUGGUUUGGCUGUGAGAUACCAAUGCCGUCCUCAUCAUGGCAGUGUGUAGUGUGUACGGUUGAUGUGUUUUUACAAAUAAUAGCUCGAGUCUGAACC